AUGGGAUUGAGUCAAUUUGGGCUGGUAGGAGUGGAGUGGUGGAGUGAAGUAGAGUGGGCUGCAGAAGUGCAUGGGUGGAGUGGAGUGGAGGGGAGAGGAGAGGAGAGGAGAGGAGAGGAACGAGUCGUAGUAGGCAUUCGGGAUGGUGGAGGGCUGGGUCGAAAAAUUCCUUACUCUUAUGGAUGGGUAAGCACCCAGACGUGUCUUAUCGGUGAAAGAAAUCUGACGACAAUCUCAUUUUUCGUAGUCAAGGUUUACUCACGACAGCGUCCAAGGUAG